AUGCCUCACUUACCACUACCGAAGCGCGAGACGGUCAGGUCUAUGAGGGAUGACCUCUACAUUCGAUUGAAGGACGUCUAUAUACCUACUCGCGACGGCAGCGAGCUCUGUGCCGACAUUUUCCUGCCGUUGUCCACUGAACAAGGAGCCAAGGUUCCCGUCCUGCUGUCCAUGUGCCCUUAUGGCAAAGACGUCCAUGCCCUCGAAUGGGGUUUGCCGCAGACAGAUUUGUAUGCCAGGAUGAACUCGAAAAUCAAACCUUUGGGUCCCGAUGCCGCUCUAGAAGCCCUUGAUCCUUUUGUUUGGACCAAGGAAUAUGGAUAUGCUGUCGUGAGGAUUGAUUGUCGGGGCAUUGGCGGAACGCCAGGUGUCCUGGAUCCGUGGGGGCUUAGAAAAACAAUUGAGACAGGCCAGGAUGCGGAGGACUUAUAUGACGCCAUUGAAUGGGGCGCCGCUCAACCAUGGUGCAAUGGAAAAGUAGGUAUGAGUGGAAUCAGCUAUCUUGGAAUGGUCUGCUGGGAGGCAGGGCAACAGAACCCACCUUCUCUUAAAGCUUUGGUACCAUGGGAAGCAGGGAGUGAUUUAUUCCUCUCACUAUUUCGACCGGGCGGACUGUCCAAUGCCAAUUUCCUGGCCCACUGGUGGAAAAACUGUGUGGUGCCAUACCAACAUGGCCGAUCGGAAGGCGUGUCAGAAGAGGAACUUCAAACUCAACGUGUCGACUUUUUGAAAUGCUACGAUUGGGAAUUUCGCAGCGACGGCCCAUUUCCAACUCUCGACCGCCUCAGAGGACUUGAGAAGAUGCUAGUACCGUUUUAUUCCUCGGCCAACUGGAUGGACACGGAGAUUCAUGCCCCUGGCAAUAUCUUGGGAUAUAUGUGGGCAGGCUCGAAGGUCAAGUAUCUGGAGACGCAUUCUGGCGAUCACAUUCACGCGUACUACGGGACAGAGGGACUGGCUCGGCAAAAACAGUUUCUGGACCACUUCCUAAAGGAUGAUGGCGGUUCCCUGGACGGGAUCCCCAGAGUUGAUUUGUUGAUCAGGAAAGGCUCGAGCAGAUAUCGCCGUACGGAAGAAGACUUCCCACCCCAUGACACGCAAUACAGAGACUUCUUCUUAACUUCUGAUGGUCGUCUUCAGAGCAGAUGUAGCAGUGGUGGAAGCGACACCGUGAUCGCUCAAUACGAAGGUCUUCAGGGGUUAAGUUUCUUCGCGACCGAACCACUCGAGGAGGACUUAGAGGUAUUGGGGUUCCCAUACCUGGUUCUGGAUGUGUCCACAGAAGCCAAAGACAUGGAUAUCUUCCUAACCAUGACAAAUAUUGCACCAGACGGCAAACUGGUUGAGUUCGAGGGAAAUCACGGCGAGCCGUCUGUCUCCGUAACCCGCGGAUACAUGCGAUUGUCCCAUCGCGAGCAAGACACACAACGGUGCAAGAAACAUUUCGUUGUUCUCAGCCAACAAGAACCGGCACCUGUGAAGCCCAGCGAGCGCUACAUCAUAGAAAUGCCCGUUCAACCGACAAGUAUGGUAUAUGAGAAAGGCCACCGCAUCCAGAUCGAGCUAGGCGGCAAAGAUAGCGAGACGCUCCUCGCCGUGAUGAGGCAUGAAGGGCCUGACCGGACUCAGGAGCGCUUUGGGGGGAAGAAUACAUUCUUCUCUGGGAGCAAAAUUGUCCUGCCCGUUGUCAAGCGUACAGUCCAGUAA